AUGGGAUCCAUCAACGUGUCCGAGAAUCCCUCAAAAUUUAUUCUGACAGCAGAGGCUCUGAACAAUGCACUGCCCGGUUUUCACAUGGCCACAAGAGCCAUUCAUGCCGAUGACUUCGUCAGUCCUCACCGUGCCAUUGCCCCUGGCAUGCAUACCGCGGUGAACUUCCGCUAUGCACGCGAUCCAGAUGAGCUGGUGCCCGAGGAGAAUAAGGAUCCAAAUGCGCCUUUUGAUUCCCACAUAUAUUCCCGCUACACAGCACCCAAUUCCAAUCGCCUGGAGGUCUUGCUGCGCAGCCUCAUAGGCGGUGAAGUAAUCACGUACUCGACGGAACUCUCAGCUUUUCACGCCAUGCUCAUCCUCCUCAACCCAAAGCGGAUCUUCAUUGGAGACGGAUACCAUGGAUGCCAUAGUGUUGUGGACAUUAUCCACAGACUGACAGGCAUCCAAAAACUGGAUCUGACGCAGAUCGAUCAAGCCGGCCCGGGGGAUAUCAUCCACGUCGAAAUGCCACUCAACCCUACCGGCGAGGCGCGCAAUCUAGCCUACUACCGUGCCAAAGCGAGCGAGAAGGGGGCCUACUUGACUGUGGACUCGACCUUUGCUCCGCCCCCGCUGCAGAACCCCUUGGAGUUUGGAACUGACAUUGUGAUGCACAGUGGAACGAAGUACGUGGGCGGCCAUUCCGAUAUGCUUUGCGGGAUCUUGGUUAUCCACCCCAACCGAGUUAAGGAGGGAUGGUUGAAAACGCUCCGUACGGAUCACCAAUACAUGCUCCGCGUGACGAGACAAGCUCAAACGGCAGAAAGGCUGGCUAGGUGGUUACAUGAGCAGCUGCAGGACGAAACGUCUCCUAUUGCAAAGGUUCUGAGCCAUGUCCAACACGUUUCGCUCCAGGAAGAUGACUUGAAGAACGGCUGGCUGCAGAAGCAGAUGCCGGGAGGGUUUGGGCCUGUUUUUGCUGUUUGGACGAAGAACCCGGAGCAUGCGCGCCGACUGCCCAGCAGAAUGUUCAUCUUUCAGCACGCAACUAGUCUUGGAGGGGUUGAAAGUCUGAUGGAGUGGCGGGCGAUGAGUGAUGCGCGCUGCGACCACAGAUUGUUACGGAUCAGUUGCGGGAUUGAAGAGUUUGAUGAUUUAAAGGCUGAUUUUCUGCAAGGACUGCAGUCGCUAUUGCGGGACUUUCCCUAA